AUGAAGGAGAUGGCUCACCAAGUUGUAAUGCUUCAGUGUUUAACUUCUAUAACUACUUAAGAACACAUCCUCUUUUGUUGAGACGUCAUUUUGGAUCUUCUGAUACAUCUUCCACACACAUUCGCCUAACAGUUGAAAAUGGAUUAGCUGACAAAAUCAACCUAGACGAAAGACGGCUCUUCUUCACCACUGCAUAUGCUCAUCUAAAAGCUGGUUGUCCUAUGUUGGCCUUAGAAGUGUUAUCAAAGAUGCCAAAAGUUGUCAAGAGGUCAGAGUCAUUCUGGAGAUCCCCUAGUUUAGUGGAUACUAGUAAAGAUUUUUCACCAUCUUCUCCAGUUAAAGAGUUGGAAACAAAAGACCAGUCUUCCAGUGUUGAUUGGUCACAGCCAGUAUUGAAUGGCCUAGGCUCAUCUUCAGAUUGUUCAUCAGGAAAACAUUCAAGUUCAACUCUUUCUUGUGACUGGAGCCAGCCAAGUGUGGUAUUCCAAGAUGAACACUUGAACCUACAGUCAGACAGUGAUGAAAGUGAUGAGAGUGAAGAUUCUUCCCUGGUAGUGAAAAAGCUAAAUCCUCUGAAGGAAACUGAAAAAUUGUAUGAAACAAGUUUUAGCUACACAGAAUCUUUUAGUGUAGUUGAUGACAAAGAUAUUCUAAGUCCAUCAGAAGAUAUAAUUUCAGCACAGCUGAAGUUUAGAGCAUGCCUGAAAAUUCUUACUGUAGAGCUUCGUACGCUGUCCACUGGUUAUGAAGUAGAUGGUGGGAAGUUGAGAUAUCAGCUUUAUCAGUGGCUUGAAAGAGAAGUGGUAGCUCUUCAAAAGACCUGUGAUUAUGGUGUUGAAGAGAUACAGUCAGGAAUUGGUGUGAUGCCAGAGGAGGCUAUGUCACAUGAAAAUGCUGAAGACUUAUCUGACCUGCAAAAAAAUAUGCUACAGAAAGAAAACUUGCAGAAAAGAUGCCAGUGGCUUCUGAAAUACCAGUCUCUCUUAAGAAUGUUCCUUAGUUACUGUAUACUUCAUGGCUCUCAUGGUGGAGGUUUGGCAUCUGUCAGAAUGGAAUUAAUUCUGCUGUUACAGGAGUCUCAGCAGGAGCAGUCAAAGCAGAUACCUUCCAGCCCUCUACCAGAGCAAACUUCCAUACCUCUCCUGUUUGCUUGCACAGCUAGUGCCAAAACAGUGGUGGCUAAUCCAUUGCUACAUCUUGGUAACUUAACUCAUGAUAUAUUACAUGCCAUAAUAGACCUUGAUUCACCUCCUCAUCCAGAUACUCAGAACAACAAGAUAUGUGUAAUGCAUACAUUAGCAGCGUCACUCUCUGUGUGCAUCUACCAGUGUCUUUGUGAUGGCCACAGCUACAGCUCAUUUCAAGCAAAUCAGUUCACUGGAACAGUUUAUCAGACAGUGCUCUUAACUCGGCGCCAUUCUCUAAGAACAACAAGCUUAGAAGAAACAGUGACUCCCAAUACAUCACCUGCUCAGUGGCCAGGAAUAACAGCUCUAAUAUGUCUCUUGAAUUCUGCUGGUGAGGAAGCCCAGCCAGGUCUCACAGUUUUACUUUGUGAAAUUCUAACUGCGGUCUAUCUGAGUCUGUUCAUCCAUGGCCUAGCAACACAUUCUAGCAAUGAGUUGUAUAGAAUUAUGGCUCAUCCACUUAACAACAAAAUGUGGUCUGCUGUCUUUGGAGGAGGAGCUCAUACGCCCAGCAGAGGACAACUGCAAUUAAAGACAAAAACUGGUAGGCACUUCUCAAUGCCUAGCCCACAUCAGGUAGUAGUAUUCUCCAUGGAAUGCGUGGGGUUUUCCAAAUCCCUUACUGCCUUCAGUACUCAUAGUCCUACCAAAACUUCAGAUGAUGGAGAGAAACAGCAAAAACGCUACAGGCUUUCAUCAAAAACCACUCCAAAAGAGAGCUCUCAGUUGCCUGCAUUGCCAUUGGUAGACCAAGAAUCUCCCUCUUACAAAGAAAGAUUUAUUCCUCCUGAGCUUAGCAUCUGGGAUUAUUUCAUUGCAAAGCCUUUUCUUCCAUCACAAAGUAGAGUGGAAUAUGAUUCAGAAGAGAGUCAGGAAAGUGGUGAAGAUGGUGAAGAUAUGGAUGGAGAUGAGUUUGCAUCAAAUUCACAUAAUCAAGAGCAUUCUAAUUCAAAUUCAUACAGUUGGUCCCUGAUGAGAUUGGCAAUGGUUCAGCUGGUACUUCACAAUUUGAAGAUUUUCUACCCUUUGGCUGGACAUGAUCUUUCAGAGCUUCCAGUUAGCUCCCCAAUAUGCCAUGCAGUUUUGAAAACACUACAGCGCUGGGAACAAGUUCUUCUCCGACGUCUUGAGCUAUGUGGGGGUCCACCUCAACAUUAUAUUUCAGUUCCUCCUUCUGAAGAUGCCCAAGCUGCUGGUCCUGCAUUGCUUCGCCAUAAGACUUUACUUGAGCCUACAAACACUCCAUUCAAAUCUAACAGUCAUGUUGCACUAUCAGUGAAGAGGCUCUGGCAGUACUUGGUUAAACAGGAAGAAGUCCAGGAAACCUUUAUCAGAAAUAUUUUUACAAAGAAGCGAUGCCUAAAUGAGUCAUUAGAGGAGCACAAUGAAACCAUGAAAAAUUCUGUGAUGGAGGAGCCCAUCAUCAAUAAGAUAGAAACAGAUUUGGGAUACCCAGGAGGCAAGGCAAGAAUAAUCCAUAAAGAGUCUGACAUCAUUACUGCUUUUGCAGUCAAUAAGGCAAAUCGGAACUGCAUUGCAAUAGCAUCAAGUCAUGACAUUCAAGAAUUAGAUGUUUCUGCAAUUUUAGCUACACAAAUCUAUACCUGGGUUGAAGAUGAUGUGGAAAUAGAAAAUAAAGGGGCUGAUGAUUUCUUAGUUAUACAUGCUCGUGAUGAUCUGGUAAAUGUUCAGGGAAGCACUCCUUAUACUCAUAGUAAUCCCGGCACACCUAUCAAUAUGCCUUGGCUUGGUAGUACACAAACUGGCAGGGGUGCAUCUGUGAUGCUCAAGAAGGCUAUUAAUAACGUCAGAAGGAUGGCUUCUCAUCCAACGUUACCAUACUACCUGACAGGUGCUCAAGAUGGUAGUGUAAGAAUGUUCGAAUGGGGUCAUGCACAGCAAAUCACAUGUUUUCGGUCUGGUGGCAACUCAAGGGUGACUCGAAUGAGAUUCAAUUACCAAGGAAAUAAGUUUGGAGUUGUUGAUGCUGAUGGAUAUAUAAGUUUAUAUCAAACAAAUUGGAAAUGUUGCCCACUUACUGGAACUUCACCUAAACCAUAUUUGACAUGGCAAUGUCAUAACAAAACAGCCAAUGACUUUGUUUUCAUCAGUUCAUCAUCUCUGAUAGCCACAGCAGGAUUGUCUUCCGACAACAGAAAUAUUUGUCUUUGGGACACUUUGGUUUCACCUACUAAUAGCUUGGUGCAUGCUUUUAUCUGUCAUGAUAGUGGAGCAACUGUGCUAGCGUAUGCUCCAAAACAUCAGCUGUUAAUAUCUGGAGGCAGAAAAGGCUUUACGUGUAUAAUUGAUCUUCGCCAAAAACAGCAGCAACAGUUACUCCAGAGUCAUGAUUCUCCAGUCAAAGCAAUUGCUGUUGAUCCUACAGAAGAGUAUUUUGUGACAGGAUCUGCUGAAGGCAACAUAAAGGUAUGGAGUCUGUCUACAUUUCAUCUUCUUCACACUUUCAUCAAUGAGCAUGCUCGGCAGUCUCUCUUCAGAAACAUUGGGACGGGAGUCAUGCAAAUUGAGACAGGACCAGCAAAUCACAUAUUCUCCUGUGGUGCUGAUGGAACAGUAAAGAUGAGAAUCUUGCCCGAUCGAUUCAGCCCUUUAAAUGAUGUGUUAAAAAAUGAUGUGAAAUUUAUGAUCUAAUAUUUUUCUCACAACAGCGUAUAACAUUCCCCUUCUGCCACCCCUGAGAAUGUUUUUCCUGGAACUAGCCAACAAACCAGAUACACAAUGAUAGCUUGUGCCACAAAGGUGUUUGUUUGGGUUCCCCCCCCCCAUAUUUAUUACCUGUGGCUUUUAUUCCGUCCUUCAGAUUUUGAUCGUUGCCUAAAAUA